AUGCCGAAGGCGUCGGAUAUCGUGUACUACCUGUUCCACGUGCAGGAGCUGCGGUCCAUAAUCCAAUGGAAGGUCUGGCACAACCCCGUCCACGAGCGUGAUGAGUCCAAGGAAUGCCCGACGCUGCGCCAAUGCUUCGUCUUCCUCCAGCAGACCAGCCGCAGCUUCGCCGCCGUCAUCCAGGAGCUGCAUCCCGAGCUGCUCGUCCCCGUCUGCCUCUUCUACCUCAUCCUCCGUGGCCUCGAUACCAUCGAAGAUGAUAUGACCAUCGACCUCAAGACGAAGGAGCCUCUGCUGCGCGAAUUCGACCAGAUUCUGGAGAAGGAUGGUUGGAACUUCAACGGGAACGGUCCCAAUGAGAAGGACAGGCAGCUGCUUGUCGAGUUCGAAGUCGUGAUCGAGGAGUUCAAGAAGAUCAAGAAGCCGUAUCAGGCCAUCAUCAAGGACAUCACCAAGAAGAUGGGUAAUGGCAUGGCCGACUACGCCAACAAUGCCGAGCACAACACGUACGGUGUGAACACCGUCAAGGACUAUGAGCUGUACUGCCACUACGUCGCUGGUCUUGUUGGAGAGGGUCUGACGCGCCUCUUCGUCGAGGCCGACCUGGCCAAUACCGCCCUUCUCAAGCGCCCGGAGCUUCAGGAGUCCAUGGGUCAAUUCUUGCAGCAGGUCAACAUCAUCAGAGACAUCAAGGAGGAUUUGGAUGACAACCGGAAGUUCUGGCCCAAGGAAAUCUGGUCGAAGCACGUUGACAACUUCGAAGACCUCUUCAAGCCUGAGAACCGCGACAAGGCUCUCAACUGCAACUCAGAGAUGAUCUUGACUGCGCUGCGCCGUGCGCCUGAUUGCUUGUUCUACCUCGCCGGUCUCAGGGACCAAAGUGUGUUCAACUUCUGCGCCAUCCCGCAGACCAUGGCGAUUGCGACGCUAGAAUUGUGCUUCCGCAACCCCGCCAUCUUCGAGAAGAACAUCAAAAUCACCAAGGGCCAGGCAUGCGAACUGAUGGUCCGGUCAACGCAGAACCUGCAGAUUGUCUGUGAGGUCUUCAAGGAUUACUCUCGUAAGAUUCUCAAGAAGAAUGAUCCCAGAGAUCCCAACUUCCUCGAGAUCAGCAUCGCUUGCGGCAGGAUUGAGCAAUUCAUCGAGUCGAUCUUCCCGUCGCAAACAGCCCAGAACAGGGAGAUGAAGACUUCGCUGAGCCCAGAGGAGGAGGCCAAGAAGAAGAAGGAGGAGGAGGACGCCAAGUGGGACCUGAUCUACAUGGGAAUUGCCGUAAUUUCCACGCUAACGAUAGUCACCUUUUGCAUGAUCCUUGUCGCUUGGUUUGCUGGUGCAAGAUUCGACAUUGCCUUCGCCCAGCUCAAGCAGGGCUUGUUCAAGGCGCCCGCACCUGGCUCGCCCGAAGCACAGGAGGCCAUCCACAAGUUCGAUCACGGCGAGCUCUAG